UUAUAUGGUGUUAACUUCACACAGUUAGGAGAGUGACACUGACAGUUCAGACAGGUCAAAUAAUUUAAUAUAAAAAAAUAUAUAAAUAAAUAAUAAUAAACUUAUGCAAAUAAAUGGCUGAAGCAGCUGCAAAAAGAGAGGCCAGAAGGCGAAAAAUUUUAGAAAAUUCUCAAAAUCGUUUAGAAAAAAUUACAGGACGUGUUUGCGACAGUCCUAUUCAAGAAAGAAAUGGCUUAUCAGAAAAUAGAAAAGGAUUAUUCGAUUUUCUCGCUGAAGGAACUUCAUCAGAAAAUGACAAUGAUUUAGAUAGUCGUUUAUAUCCUCGUGUACAAGGAGAUUUUGGACCUCGUGAUAAUUCACGUAAAUCUCCGCCUUUAUCGGAAAAUUCAUUGAUUUAUAAAUUACUAUUUGGUAAAUUAUCAUAUCCACUUCUUGCAUUAAUUGUAAAUAUUAUGUUCUUACUAAAGUGGGAUAAUUUUUUUGGCAAGACUGUUUAUGCGCCAUAUUUUGCAUUAAUUGUUGUUCAUAUUAUUUAUCAUCAAAAAUGGUCAAAACUACAGGGAUCAAACAUGUUAGUUGCUGUUUUAUUACUAUGUAAUAUGAAUCCAAAAGUAAUUAAUAGAUUAAUUAAAAUUAUAACAAUAUGCAAAUUAAUAUUUCAAGGACUAAGUUUAUAUCUAUUUAGUUAUUCAAUGAUGCGUUGGAUUAUUUCAUUUAUUUGGAAUGAAUUUGAUAUUAUUUCAUUUGAAAAUUCAACAAUUCCUGAUGUUAUAAAUUAAAUCAUGGUUCUUUUGGGGAAAUAAAUUUUUUAUAAAUGAAAA